UCAUUACCUCAUCUCCCAACACUUUCAAGUUUGUGUUCUCCUCUGUAUUAUGGCGACAAUCGUUUGCCACCACCACCACCACCGAGGCUUACAGUCGUGUCUCGAGUCGCACACGGUCGAGCCGAGAGCUUUGAGGCUAAUGUUAUCUCCGUCGAUACCCCAUUUCUCCCCGUCGUCUCUCGAAUUGGUCGGUAAGUCAUUUUCCAUUAAUCCGAGUCCUGAACCGGGUGGUUGGAAUUUACUCCAAGCUCUGUUCGAUGGCCCUCGACCGUCGAAAGAGAUCGAAGGGAAUGAAAAUACUUAUGUUCGCCCUUCGAGUGAUAAAAACUUGGAGUUGUGCACUGAGAAUUUGGGCAGUGAGACAGGUAGUGAUGAUGUCCUCGGAGACGACGACGACAUUUUCUCGUCGUCUUCUUCAUCUCGUUUAACACGAAAACAACAUGAGUCGCGGCGAGCAUUAGGAUGUAAGAAAGUUAUCGGUGGCGAUUUCCCGCCUCCGCUGAUGACGAUAAGCGGAUCGGAAUCGAUUCGAGUUUGUCCUCACCGCGAAAACGGAAGAUUGGUAAUGAAAGCCGAGAAGGCCCCAUCUUACAACUCUAUCUUCCGAGCUGAACGAAGCAAUGGCCGCCUUCGGCUCUCCAUUUUCAAAGAUUCCACUUCGAGUAUUGACUAUAAAGAAGAAACAACAACCGGCAAUGAAAAUGACAACAAGGACAACAACACUAAUAAUAACGAGGAAGAAGAAUUCGAAAAUGAUAGAAACGCCAUAGCCGAUGAAGACGAAUUCGAGAACAAAGAAGAACCGGGGACGACAAAGAUCGAACGGAGGGAAGGCCGAGGAGGCGGCAACGGCGCGGAGGGAGGCGCAAAGGAGGUGAACAUGAAGAACAAAGGAUGGUUAAAUUGGGUGGCUACAUCCAUAGUUUUGUUCUGGAUUUGCCUGUAUGAUAUAAUCAAAUUUCCCUCACGAUUCUUACUUUGUUUAUGUUCUUGUUUUAUUUUUUGGAGGGUCUAUUGAAUUCCUAUGUUUCAUCUUUUAAGGAAUGUUGUUUGUGGUAGGUCGGCGGUUAUUACCGUUAUUCCAGUUCUGUUUCUUACAUAUAAAAACAUAAACUUCA